AUGAAUUAAUUUAUCAACAACAACACUUUUUUAUAUAAUUCUGAUCAUUCUUUCACCUUUACUCCUACUUAACUUCGAGAAGUUAGCACAGAAAUUCUGCAGAAACCAUCAAAAAAUAGAAAUCAAAAUGAUAUUAAGAUUCUAUAAUUAGCCACUCAAAACAUCAAAUUUUUUCAAGAGAUUCUGCAAGAGGAGAGCAUAGCUGUGUUGCAUAGAUGUUUAUAAAGAAUUCAACUCGAAAUUUAUCCUGAAAGCACUAUAGUUUUUGAGAAAGGCGAUAAAGGCAAGGAUUUCUACAUCAUUCUUUCUGGUAGUGUUGGAAUAUAUAUAUAUUCAAAUAAUAUAGAAUUGCAUCAACAAAACAAAUUGCCUAUUCGUUAAGCGAUUAAGGAAUAAGUAAAUCAGCUUAUUGAAUCAGGGAUCCGCCCUAAAAAAGAACAUCCACUUGAAUUAAGGAAAAUCUUAUUAUAUGAAAAAAUCAAAAAGUUGUUCAAAGUAAAUGAGUUGCAUGAUGGAGAUUCUUUUGGGGAAAGAGCACUAAUAAAUGAAGCGGCUCGUUUAGCCACAGUAGUUUGUGAGACUGAGUGCUUUUUUGGAGUGCUAAACAAAUAAGAUUACAGAGAAAUAUUAUAAUAAGCAUAGAGUGAAAAGAUUUUGCAGUAAAUUACAGAAUUGCAAUCAGUUUAAGGAUUCUAAGGCAUGUCAAGGAAGUUAUUGACCAUUCUGCUCUAUGCAUUUUAAAGUCAAGAACAUAGAUAUAGAGAUAUCAUCUAUAAAUAAGGAUCGAUUAAUAAAAAUGAAAUAUAUUUAAUCUUGAGUGGAGAGUAUAUCAUUACUCAAGAUCAAAAAAUAACAAUGCAUAAUCCCCUGCGAAUAAAUCAUUAAGGAGUCAAGCAAAUAGCCAUUUUGCAAAAAGGCUCAAUAUUUGGAGACAAAGAGUCCUUUUAAAAACUUGAAUUUAGAACUUAAACUAUCACGUGCAAUAGCUAGUAUGGCAAGGUUCUAUGCAUCCAAUUAGAUUGCCUAUAGCAGAGAUUACAAGCUAAUAAUGAGUUACAUCUGAUUAAUGAAUUGAAGUAACUAUGCGAAAUAAAAGAAUAAACAAGGGAAAAGAGAAUAUCUUGUAAAAUCUAAUCACCUAGGCGAUCUAAGAGCUUUAUGGUUUCAACCUCGCCAAAUCAAAAAAUAGAUUAUAUUGUUAAAUCGAAGAAAGAGAUAUUUAAAUAAUUAAACAAAAAUCUAAAAUCGAGAAUUCAAUUCAUUUUUGAUAUCGCUUUACCUAGAGCUAAGACUCCAUCCAACUAUUCUUAAGAAAGUCCAUCAUAACCUAUUAGAAAAAGAUCUGCUAUUGAUAGAAUCUACUUAAACACGAGAAAUAACUCAAGAAUACAAAAGAGGUAAUCAUUGCCACUCUAAAUGUAAACGUAAUACCAAAAUCCUGAAUAAAAAAGAUUCUCAUUCAUUUGA